GCCUCUGAGCAAGUUUCCAAGUAAGACCGACCAUUUGCAUGUCAAAACUGGAACUCACACGCUCUCUCUCAGCCAGCACCCUGUCUUAUCAUGUUCAGACACCUCCUUGUCUCUGUGGCUUCCAGCUGGGGGACUGUAUCCUCCCCAAACAUUGAACACAAUUACUAUGCAGAUGCCUGUACAUGAACCUCAUUGGGAUAUGUUUGGGAGCGCUCAAAAGGAUUUUCACACUUCAGCUUUACAAGGGAAGAUGACUGGAACAAUGGAGUCGGCCCAAUUUUCUUCGCUGUCAUCCUUGAGAGGAGAGCACGCAACAGGGGAUUGCAUGCAAGCCCACUAUAAGGAGUCAUAUCGUCUGGCCAUUGAUUGCCUGUUAAGCAAGGGCAGAGAAAGUUACGCAGAGUUUCUCAAAGAAGAACGCAUCGGAAAUUUCCUGUCUGAGGAGGAGCUUGUCUUCAUCACAUCAAACGCCAAAGAGCUCCCACCUCAGAACCACGAGGAGGAAAUUAAUAGCCCCACGGACAGCCAAUCAUCGUCCGGCACAUAUUGGCCCGUCCACUCGGACGUGGACGCUCCCGCUUUGGAAUUGGGAUGGCCUGAGAUCAUGCAUGAAAAACUGCAGACCAAUAUAGAUCUCCUCUAUCAUCCCCCAAGACCCAACAGUCCCACCAUUAAAGAAGUGAUUCUAAAGAACAUCCGGGAUGCAAGACAGGUUAUUGCCAUUGUGAUGGAUAUGUUUACUGAUGUCGAUAUCUUGAAAGAAACUGUUGACGCCUCUACACGAGGAGUUCCCGUCUAUGUGCUUUUGGAUGAUUUCCACUUGAAACAUUUCCUUACAGCAGCUGAGAAUCAAGAUGUAAAACUUCAACACCUCAGAAACAUGAAAGUGCGCACCGUGAAAGGUGAAGAUUAUCUGAGCCGGACAGGGAGUAAAUUUCAUGGCGCAAUGGAGCAAAAGUUUAUUUUGGUUGACUGUCAUACAGUGAUUUACGGCUCCUACAGAUUCACUUGGUCAUGCGCAAAGCUCAAUUUGAGCAUGGUGCAGGUUAUAACAGGCCAUCUGGUGAAGACUUAUGAUGAGGAAUUUAGAACACUGUACGCGAGGUCGACAGUGCCAGCUGAAUUGUGCCAACCAGAUCCUUCUCUCCCUUCUAAUGGCUCCCACACACUGCUCGGCUGGCCAAAAUAUUCCCCUCAUUCCUUGAUCGAUCGGCGCGACCAGUUAAGGCACACGUUGGACUCCGUCUACCGCAAGACAUGUGAAAGGAAUCUGUACACACGAGACUGCAAUGAUAAUCACUUUGUGCCUUUGAUUGAUCAUGACAUAGGUUUGCAGAACCACAUGUCCAAAUUUGAGUCUGCAGCGUCAAUAAACUACUUAAAAAGGCACAGCUAUGCUGGGGAAAGACAUGAUGGAUAUGUCCCCCAGAAUGUCAGAACCAGAGCGAGCAACUGGAAUAUUUGCCGGGAGACAGGAAUCGGGAAAAACAACUAUCCGCCGGAUAAUAAUUAUUUAGUGCCGCAGAUGUACAGAAGCCAACAGCUUCGUCAGUCAUACAACGGCAAUGACAAACAAAUCCUGUCCAUGCAGCAAAACAUGCCAACGUUGGAAAAAACAUCAAAGUCAUUCAUGCGUACAUGGAGGAUCGAGUCCUACCUUCAAAAACCUGACAUGCCUUUUAAUGAGCCGUCUGACUAUUUGGACCAGUUUGAGCCGUCCAACAGCUUCAUGCAGGGAAGGAUGCGGUCUCUUGUUUAUAGGCCCGCCAUACCGGAGCAAUUGGAGUCUAACUCACAAAUCAACAGCACGCCCUCUUUUGGUAGCAGCUCAUCUGGACUUCACAACCCUUUACGCUACUCUUCAAUGCAGUGGAAUCCACCAGUAGCAUCUGAAAGCAACAGAAUAAACAAUGAAGAUUUCAUACUAAAGAGAAAAAGCCAGCAAAUUAUGGAUGAUUACAACAGUGGCAAGAACUCCUACCCAUCUGCAUACGCCAGCUUAGGUCGAGUCAAGCGUGGGCCGCUCGCUACAAAUCCAGAUGUGUGCUCUGACAGUUGGCACAAAAGGCACAGCGUGGCUGAUCCCAGAUCCAACUCAACAUACACACAGGACUCCUCAGGUGGCAUGUAUGGAGCUUUCACGAGGAUGCAAAUGGACAGAGGCUCCGCUGCAUUCAACGCAAAGCACAGUGGAUAUGGGUCAAAUCUCAAUGAGGAUCAGCGAUCUGUAUCUCAUUAUGAUGUCAAGAGCGUGAUUGACACAAAUAGCCCCUGCAGUUCCAUUUGGCGGGAUCCUACUUCCAGAAGUCUAUCUGCCUCAACCCUGGGUGUAGACGACAGGGAUUUGGCUACUAAAUCCAGCAGAUUGGCCUCGCAGCAUUUCAUAAAGAAGAGUACCAAGAAAAUAAAGUCCUUUUUGAACAUACCGGGAAGGAAGGAAGACCAAGUCGAAAGUGUGGGAACGCCAAGCGUGACCUCAGAUGAUAGCACGGACACGAUCAAAGCCGAGGACGAAGUUCCGGUCAAACAUCACCAUAGCAACACAUCUCUUGGGCAUCGGCAGAGCGAAGUGGCUGAUGUGAAGUAUUCCAGCCCAAGAUUCAAAACGGAGGAUCAUCAGCACACACCUCAGCUGUCUUCCUCUGAAACAACAUCGCACAGUAAGCUCGGCGUCGGCGACAAAAAGGCUGUCCCAGACGUCGACAUACCGGGUUGGAGUAAAGACAGAAAACUUGACAAUCGCCUUUAUAGCAGAUUUGAACCUUUUUGUUCAAUUCAGAAGAAACAAUCCUCGUACUCCCCAAAUAACUCUCUGGAGAAAACAAAAAACCCACCGAGUGAUCACAACUUUGCCCGUCUUGGGAGAGGCCAUCAUGAAAAUAAGCUUGAGAAAUUCUUUCAUCGAGUGGGCAACCUCAUUCACAAGACUAAGUAGGGUAGGCGGCACUGUCUGGAAAAAGACAGAUGAAUUGGCAUCUUGCAAAAGAGCAAGAUGCACUUCUUAUUCUGUUUUGACUAUUUCCCAAGUACUAUUGGUCUCAAGCUUCUACAGGUUCAAAAGUACAUUUUUCAAUCAUUCCCAAACUUGGUGGACAUGGACCACAAAACCAUUUUGAUAUAGUACUCUGCAUUAAUGAGCACACCUGACGAAUGUAUAAAAAAAAGAAAAUUGAAUUGCCUUUCAGAACCACCAUUUUUAAGAACAAAGAAAAACUCACUGGGAAAAAUGUAUUGGAUUAACACACAGUACAAAUUUCCCUUUGCUACCUAAACAUAAUGCCAAAGCCAUCAUAUUCUGAUUUACAAUUACUUAAAUUGAAGUAAUUGUAUCUUAACACACGACAUCAUGACGCUUUGAGUUACUCAGUUUUAUUUGUACAGUCGGUCUUUACCACUUUGUUUACAUUGGAUAUGUUUCCAGCCAACUGUUUACAGUUUUGUUGUGCACUUAUUUUUGUACUACAAAUGUAUCCGCUGAAAUGUAUUUGAUAUGAAAUGUAGCAGAUACCUAAACAUAAAACGCACAAACUUGAAUCAUGGCUUUUAAGCAAUCUUAUGCAAAUCACUCACUGCUGUAUAGGCAUUAAGUACGGGUUGUGUCAGAAUUUCAUAACCAUUGCAAAUAGGAAAGAUUUAUGAAAAUACCAAAGCAUUCAAGAUGAAGCCAAUGCAAUAAUGAAAAGCCGGUCACCAUCUUCACGGUUGUAUGAAUUGUAGCUGUAGAAAUAAAUUCUUCCUUAUAUGUUUGUUUGCUGCUUUGCAUUAAAAAGAAAGAGAAAAAUAUAUGUAAAGUUCAUGCAUACAUGA